GUAACUUUCUGUUACACUGAUGCUUUUCUGUUUGAGUUUCCUUCCCAGGAACAGCGGAAUCUCCUUGCAGCCCUACAUUACCUGUUUGUCAAAAAAAGACAAGCGUUACUGCGGCAUGGCUGAACCCCAGUUCCACUGCCUGGAUGACAGACAUCAUCUUGGGCUUCGUGUGUGGACUGGUUCUCUUCCUCUUGUUACUCCCCUACUUUGUCAAGGAUCUUUCCUCACCCCCACCUGGGCAGAAAAGAAUCAUCAGGAAGGUAAAGAACCCUCAGCCCAGACCCAACAGAGAAUGCUUCUCUUUUCUAUUAUUAUUUCUACUUGUCCAAAUCCAGUAGAGUCCUGAGAUGGGAAUCUCCUCAUCCUUCUAGGCCCAGGCAGGGCUGGGUUGUUACAGUGGUGUGAAGCUUUCUGACCCGUGGUGUGGGUGCACAGGAGGCUUCAAUGCUAGAGCAAAUGCUAGGGCUCAGGGGCCAGGACUGGGUUAAAAGAGAGUGGAGAUCUCUGUGGGAGGAUGGCCCUGAAUCCUGGUUUAACAGUCAUCCAUCACAUUUCCAUGGCCUGCCUUCCCUCUAUGUCAGGUGACCUGAGGGCUAUGCAGAGCCCCUGGGAGCCUCCCAUCAGAGGCUGGAGGGGCCUCUGUCCACCUCUGGAAGCAGAUUCCUACCUGACAGCUCAGAGGUGCCUGUGGGCCAGAGUCAGUUUCUCUAGCAAAGUUUUAAUAGGAGAGAACCCGAAACUCUGUAGAAUAAUUUAAAGAAGUUUAUUCUGAAUAAACGUGACCAUGGCCCAAAACACAUGGCCUUGAGAGAGCCUGAGAAAACAUGCCCAAGGAGGCUGUGUUACACUUUGGUUUUAUACUUUCAUGAGGACAGAAUUACACAUAAAACCAGAGAUAAAUAAGUGGAAGGUGUGCACUGGUUUGGCCCCAAAGGGUGAUACAUCCCCAAGUGAGAUAGGUGUGUCCAAAGAUUCUUUGACUUGAUUGGUUAAAGAAAUGAAAGGAGUCUGUUAAUUGAAGACAAGCUAGCAGAUGGACUGAAGUGAUCUGUUAAGUGAAUAAACUUCAGGAGUGGUUUAACCUUUGUCUUUCAAGGCCUUAGGUCCUGAUACAAUGUAGUAUCUUAUUGUUAUGAGGAGUAACUCCAAAAAGGAGGGGGCAUGACUUGGCUGGUUGCACCUCCAUUCUCUUCAAGGCAGAGGUUUUAAGGUUUUUCUGUGGUCCUCUUGGCCCAUGGGGGCAAAGCCCUAGGAUUUUAUUUUCAUUAGCCAGAGGAACAGUUAUAGAAGACCCACUGGUGGAUCUCAAAUUAAAAAUUCUUGCAUUUUUCAAAGAAGGAAACUAGAAUUUUUUCAAUCACUUAAAAAAUGAAUAAAAAAAGACAGAGGCCCCGUGCAGGAGGGCAUGAGCAAUGAACACCUGCAUUGUCAGGGGAGGGCACUGAGGAAGGUCCCAGCCCCUUGAUCUUUCUUGUCUCUCAGCAUCCAAUGGACAAGAGGGGGAGGCCCAGGAGCAGGAAGAAAAGCUGUGCUUUGAAAGCUUGUAGAGACUGCCUGAGGGAAUUGGAGGGGGCUUGGGACCUGAUUUUACUUCUGCAGAGCCUCCUGGGAAAGCUCCCUGACAAGGGGGGCUCUCAUCAGGUCUCAUGUGGAGACCCCCUCGGGGAGGUGUGUACACCAGCACCUGCCAGCACCCACCGACGGCGUGGGGAGCCUUUGGAAGAUGCUUCUCCCACCACCUUACCCACACUGGCUUCCCCUAUUCCACCUCUGGCCUCCACUCUGUCAGGAGGACCUCAGGGAGAGCAGUCUGUCUUGAAGAGAGUCCCCCUGGGUGCUGUCCCAGAGAGCUCACCUCCAGGCUGCUCUUUUUUGGACUCUCCUAUCUGGGCUACCUUGGGCCUUGAACGCACCAUUUUGUUCCUGUCCUGGUGGUGGGCAGCUGCCAAGGCCCUGUUCUUCCCCACUUCGCACCGUGGAAAAUCCCAGAAGCCUCUUUUCCAUCCUACACCAGAGGCUCAGUUCUGGGGAACCCCCAAACUCAGGCAGAUGGAGUCUGGCAGGCCCACUUUCCUCCACCCUGAGGUCCUGAGGCUGCUGGAGAUGCUCAUCACCAAGAGAGCAGAGGUGAAGCUGUGGACAGGGAAAGAAGGGGAGGGGCCACUUCUUACACAAACUAACCCAGACUCUCCCAGAGGCUCUCUGAGGAACAUGCUAAAGUCACUGCACAGGGAAUGGGAUGCCAUGGUCCCACACAACUUUUGGAACAUGGAAGACAAACGAGAGCAGCUGCCAGGUCAUCAGCAGUUACCCCAUUCCAAGGCCACGGGGGACCAUUUACAGCAGAAAUGCAGCCAGCUCUUCUGGGGCCUCCCCUCUCUGCACAGCGAGUCCCUGGUGGCUACUGCCUGGGUUUCUAGGACGUCUCCCUCCAAACCACCUCUCUCUGUCUCAUUCAAUGCAGUUCAGACUUGGUCUGAAGCACCUGCACAGUGUCACAGGGCCCAGCCCAGGCCCCACCAAAUGGCCCUGCCCCAGCCUCAGCUCCCGCCCCCACCUCCGGAUGAGGUCCAUGUCCAGGCCCACCUCCCACCCUCUCCCCCAGACAUGCUGUAUUUCUCUCCACCCCAGAUUAAAGUGGACCUUACAGGAGGCUGUAGAACAACCUGCCCUUCAUCUCAGGAGAAGGCACGAUUCCCCCCAACCAAAAGUGAACACCUGGAAUGGCACUUGCAGACGCGACAGAAAUGGAAGAGGAUUUUACCCUCUUUGCUCCAAAACUCCCAGAUAGUCUUUAGCCAACACACUUUCCAGGAUGGCCGGGCCUCCAUGAGCCACAAGUCAGUCUCCACCCUUCCUGGGGCUGUCAUGGGUCCUGAGCACCAGAAUCAGCAGGAUCAACAUACUCGGAGGAGUUUCAUCCAAGAUGAACUUCAGUCAGGCCCUCCCUGGAGAUCCCAAGCAUCUGGGGAACUGAUUCAGCCUCAGGAGGAGUUCCCAGGGAGGGGUCAGUCCCAGCGUCCUGUGUUUGCUGCAGGAGAAAGCAGCAAGGAGGUACAGAAGAUGGGGACCAGGUUCUCUGAAAGAUCCUCUAGGAAAGGCUUCAAGAGGGUCAAAGAAGAUGAUGACUCAAGCGGGGAUCUAGAGCAAGAUCUGAAGGGGGACCCAGAAGAUCCAUGCACAGGUUCAAGAUACACCUUAGUGAAGAUUCUGGCGGAUGAUGAAGAGGAGUCAGAGAGGCACUGGAUUAGGCUCCAGAAGUAUAAAUCAAAUAAUUACAUUCUCAGUAGCCCAGAGAAGCAGGGUGUUGAAACAAACCUGAGGUGUCAUUUGGACCAGAAGUUAGAGGAGAUCAGUGAGGGCACAAUCCCUGUGAGUGUGUAUCAGUCCUGGCUUACCACCAGCCAUGCUAUCACCAACUCUGACCCCUGCACGAAGCCCAGAAACCUAGCAUCCUGGAGGAAAUGCCAUGUGGACACCUCCCAGGCUAUUUCUUUCCUAGAUCCGUGUACUCAACAGAUACUAGAAGCACAUGUUACAAGGUUUCAGGAGCCCCACAGGUGGGGUUGCAACCUCCAGUUCCUUGAGCCCAUAAAUCUCAGGGCUCAACACUGGCCCUAUCCAUCCUCUGCUUUUCUCUCCUGGGACAAUGGCGAUUUGGGGGAUGACUCCAAAGCUGAGGUUGGUGGUGUCCUGGGAGAACAUCAUUGGAAAGACCAAGGAGAGAAGGUAAUAAGAAAAAACUCCAUCCACACUCUGAGUCAUGUUCUCUCUGCUUCAUCACCUGUGGAUGAGGACACACAGAAGGAUCUGAGAGGGACCAAGUCUCUUGGCACCUAUGGGAACCCAGAAGCACCUCUGACUGCACAGGAGUGCAGGUGGCCUUCUCAGCCCCUUACAUGCAGCCCAGUGAGCAGCACCUGGCAGAGCACUGCUGUCCUGGGGGAUGAGAGAGGAAGCCCAGAGCCUAGCCCAUAUCCAGCAAUGGCCAGGCAUAAGCGACAGGAGAAGGAGAAUGUGGCUUCAGGGGACUCCUGCAGCAGCACAGCAGUGCGACAGUUAAGCAGAAGGUCCCAAUCUUCAAGGGCCAAUGAGCCCAGGGAGCCAGUGGAGGCCGAGGAGGGAAAGCCGUCUGCUUGGGAAGUUACCCUGACAGCUGGCCUGAUGGCCAACUCCCAAACCACUAACAUGAAUCUCAGUUCUGGGUGUCAGGGGACCAACAUCUUCACACAAUCUAGGAUGUCUGCUACCCAGGAUCUGGGAGAGCUGCACCUCAAAACAAAGGUUGUGAGUAAGUUUCAAUUCAAAAUGGAGGUAGAGACAGAGAAACAGCAGCUUCAAGGCCCUGCCACUGGUGUCCUCCUUCAAGACUAUGGCACUGGCCUUUGCUUUCGAGGCCGUCACACCAACAUGAUACCUCCUACAGACAUUUUGCCUUCCCAGCCCUCUCCUUCUAACUCCCAGGCCUCUCCUUCCCAGACCUCUUCUUCUAACUUCCCGGCCACUCCACCCAAUUCCCAGGCCACUCUGCCCAACUCCCAACCCUCUCCUUCCAACUCCCAGGCCUCUCCUUCCAACUCCCAGACCCCUCCUUCCAACUCCCAGACCUCUUCUUCAAACUUCCCGGCCACUCCACCCAACUCCCAGGCCUCUCCUUCCAACUCCCAGACCAAUUCUUCCAACCUCCCAGCCACUCCGCCCAACUCCCAGGCCACUCUUCCCAACUCCCAGGCCUCUCCUUCCAACUCCCAGGCCUCUCCUUCCAACGCGCAGAGCUCUUCUUCCAACCUCCCCGCCACUCUGCCCAACUCCCAGGCCCCUCUGUUGAGUUCCCAGGCUUCUCUGUUGAGUUCCCAGGUCCCUCUGUCCAGUUCCCAGAGUGUAUUUAAUAGGGACACAUCAGCUUCUCAGGGGCUAUGUGAUCCCACGUGGAAGGGAGGCAGCAGCCAGGGGCAGCAGGUGCCCAGAAGCCUCAAAAUCAAUGCCUCAUGGAAGAGUCACAGCAAGAUGUUUGGGCCUACUGACAAGAAAGAGCCCUGUGGGAGGCCCAAAGCAGGGGAGCAAAAACCAAGGUCUGCAGUACCCAGGGCUUCCCAAGCCAGUGGGCCAAGCCACGCUGCCCACGUCAGGGAGAAGGAAGAAACGUGGAGCAAACACUUUCAGUUCCUUCUGGAGAAAGGACGGAAACCUCUAGAAAGCUGCUCCAGGAAAACAAUCAGUCAUGGCCUAUGGUGUCUUGACCCCAGUGAAAAAGGCAGAAGGCAGGAAGAUCCCUUACAGAAGGGCAAGCCUAAAUCAGCCACUGCCCAGAGCUGGGGGACAGCCACAGGAGGGUUGUCCAGCAGUGCUCCUGAAGUCCAAGCAAUUGUUUCACUUGUCACACAGAUCCUAGUGGACAAACUGGGGCUUUGUCAAGGACAUGGUCCCUCAGAGUUCAAUAACUACAAAGAGGAACUCCAGGCCCCAGUGGGUGGGCAUUCCUGCCAUCCCUGGGGUCCCUCCCAGCCAGAGCAAAGGAGAGUAUUGAGAGAGAAGGCUUACAGUCACCAUGCCACCCCCAUGGGCCACAGCCAUUCUGUUGAGAACAGAAUGAAGUGGAGGUUGGAAGAAAUGAAGAGCAUGAGACAUUCCACCCACCCCACCAAGAUAAAACCUCCAGCUGGGGUGGAAGAGGGCCCAAGGAACCUGGGGGAAACAUGUGGGAGCCAUGAGAGGGCUUUUCUGGGCGACAGUCUGAAAGUAGGAGGCAGAGGCCACAGCCAGGUCGUGCCACUUGAACAUGGUGGGGUAUUGGGGACCAUCAUCUAGGCUCCUUGGGCUAGGGGUCCCAUCUUUGGAAUAGAGGAACCAAGGCAGUUCCAGAGUUGUGUCCAUGAAGAGGUCACUCACAUUAUCUAGGCCAGUUCCCUCCCACAUGUGGUCUGUACCCAUGGCCUCUGUCCUGUGUGACAGUCUCCCCUCAGUCCUGCUCAGUCCCUUUGAGCCCUCCCUCCCCUGACUCAGGGCUCAGCUCAAGAUAAAACUGACUCUUUGGAAAGUGCAGGGAGGGGCAGAUGGGCUCAGCAUGGUACAGGUGGGUGUAGGAGGCAACCAGAAUUCAGACUUGCCUGUGGGUCUCAGGCUCCAGGCUCCAGGCUCCAGGCUCCCUGAGUCCCCAGUAAGCUUGCAGGUUCCCAGGCGGCCCAGAUUUUGGCAGAGAGGACACAGUGUCUUCCCAGCAUCUCCCAGCCCCAGCCGCCUGGCUCCUCACUGACGGCUAGGGCCUUGUUCCACUCCACCUGGGUUCAAACCACAGGACUCUCACAAUGCAGGUGUGCUGUCUUGUUGGUUUUGAAUUUCCAGUGCACUCCGUGAAUUUCACAAAUCCUGCCUGACUUUAGACAUUUUCCAGGAAAGGGGAUGCAAGCUGCGGCAGGAGGGCCUUAGGUGAUUCUCUCUCUUUCUCUUGUUUACUCUCUCUUUCAAUCUGGCUCACAGAUUUCAAAAAAUGAAAUAAAAUGUCUGCACUGCUCCCAGGUCUGGGUCAGAAGUCCCCUCAUCAUGGCACCCCAGGUGGCAUCUCCUGUUUGGGGGGCUCAGGAAAUAGGGUGUGAGCACAGAGGGGACUGUGGCUGGCAGCUAGGAGCACCUCAUGCACCUCAGCAGCUGGGACCCCAAUGCCUUGGCCCAACCCUCUGCCCUAGUCCAAGGUGAGGAGUCAUGACUAGGUGCCCUACCCACUUGUCCUGAAAGCAUAAUCAUUACUUUGUGUCCACACCCCUGUGGGUGUGGGCUGGAA